GGUAUUGUACCCCGCAUUUUAUUCUUGUAUUUAUUCAUCUCAUUACAAUCAUUAAGGAUAAGUCUCCUGUUACGAUGAUCUGUGACAUUUGUACAGAAUUAUUUCGAACAUUGUCAAAGGUUCAGGUGAAAGAUAAACUCCCAGAAGGAAGUGAACUUAAGGGACGAUUCGAACACCAUGCUACUUAUAAUGCCUUGAAGAGGGCGCUUGACAUAGGCUGUGUUUUUUGCAAGAAAGUGUGGGCACAGAUACGUGACGAAGUUCUUGAUAUGGAUGAUGAUAAACUUGUAGCUUUCAGAUUGGAAUUCGAGUGGUCUUUAUACCUACAAAGUAAUUCACUGGGUUCUUUCUCGAUUUCCACUGCCAAGGAACUUGAGUGGCGUUUCUGGAUUUGUCUUUGGCCGGUUUAUUCUUCUCAAGAUCGACUAUUGCUACCUGGUUACCACGAAACUACCAAUACAGGCUCCGAUGCUUGCUUUAUACUUGCUAAUCAUUGGCUAAAGACAUGUCUUAGCUCGCAUCGAAACUGUGAGCGCCUUCGCCCUCCUUCGUUGGAAGAAUGGACACCGAGUCGCUUAAUUCGCAUUAGAAGUACCGAUGAUUUAGUUUUGUGUUUGCGGAAUAUGGGAAAUAUCCCCACAGGGGUAGAGUACGCCACAUUAUCUCACUGUUGGGGUAACAUUCCAGAGACCCAGAGAUUAGUCUUGACAAGCGAGAAUAUCAGUUCAUGGACACGACGAAUGCCCGACCUUAAAUCCAUGAGAACAUUUGAUCAGGCAAUUGUUAGCUGCCAAAAGCUUGGGCUGGAAUAUAUAUGGAUCGAUUCUCUGUGCAUUCUACAAGACUGUCAAGAUGAUUGGCGCAAGGAGGCAUCACUCAUGAGUACGGUAUAUAAAUAUUCCAAGUGUACUAUUACCGCCACAGCGGCAAUCGAUGAUACUGUGGGAUGCUUCUUUGAUCGUGAUUCGGACAUCUGUCUGCCCACUAGAGUAGAAUUUUUUCGGAAUCAAAUAUGCUUUCUUGGCUCCAGCAAACAAUCAAUACCCAACUUCAACCCUUUGCCAGAAGAUUCUAGCCCUACACUUCUACUAGGUUAUUAUGACAUUGAAGACAUUGUAGACUGGGACGGGGGCAUUGAGCUUGCUCCUGUAAACCAGCGCUCUUGGGUUGUUCAAGAGCGCCUUCUCAGCCCGCGAGUUAUCCAUUUCUCAGACAGACAGCUCUUUUGGGAAUUUGCAGAGUUACAAGCCUCAGAAUCGUCACCAUUUGGAAUUCCAGGAGGGGAAGUAACGAAAUUCAAAACCCUAAGCCCCUAUCAAAAUCAGGACCAGUAUCUCAUUGAUCUAGAUUUAGAGACAGAGACACAGUCACAAGAACGCCAGCGCUUAGCCGGUGCUUUUCGAAUUUGGAAAUCAACAGUAUCUGCCUAUACAAGAGGAAAAUUAAGUAAAGGCUCCGACAAGCUCAUUGCAAUCUCCGCCAUAGCAAGGGAAUUACAGCCCUUGAUGAGAUGUCGAUAUCUAGCUGGUCUCUGGGAAGCUAGUCUUGUACUACAGCUAUCAUGGUGGAGUGACAAAACUGUCAUUCCAUCGAUGGGAUAUCGAGCACCAUCAUGGUCUUGGGCUUCAAUCGACGGGGAGGUUCAUCUUACCGGUCCGGAAAUCUCUGAUUCAGUUGAUCCGCUGGUAGAGACCCUCGAAGUGGUCAUAGAUCUUGUCGGUGAAGAUGAAUUUGGUCAAGUCCAAGGCGGUCAUCUAACCCUUCUGGGACAAACGAUCGAUCUUGAAGUCUUAGACUAUGACGAAGAAUCAGAACUACACAAUGUCACUUUCAAUGGCAAACCCACAUUUGCAACCAUAUUCGAGAAUAGUGCCAACAUGAGAACUGAGAUUUCAACGAAUCAGAUAUGCUGUGUGCCUCUCUAUCUACGUUUGCGAGGUGAGAUGUUAUUUCUCCGCGGCCUUAUCCUCGAGUGCGUCGAUGUCACUAAAAAUGAAUAUCGCCGUGUGGGACUGUUGAUGGUACACUCUAGAUUGAUUCCAGUCGAAAUUAACCACAGCGAAAAAUACUCCAUAGAAAAUCCAUUUCUAUCCACUCUCGGUAAUUUUGAACAGACAAAGGAUGGUUUACCGGUCUUCAAAAGAGAAUCUAGAAACUUCAGAGAGAUUACGAUAAUAUAGGAUGUCUUCCCUGCGGUGGAUUGGCUGGUAAAAAUGAUAUUACCGUCUAUACUUAUUUGAACUGCAAAUUUUGUUUCAUUUAAGGAGUUGAGGUGGUAAAGGAGAACACUAAAGCUGUUUGGAAUAUCGAAGCACUUUAGAUUUAGCAAUCUAAUUCAUCCGCCAGCCUUUAAAAAUAAAAAAUGGGUUUCA